CGGUGCUCACCGUAUACCGGUAUAAUUUGCCAUUGACCAGAAAGCCUGGGAGAGUUUUCGUGUUUGUCAUGGAUGCCAAUAGUUGGAGGGCGGCGCAACCUCUUUCACAGGCUCAGGGUGGUGACGUCGCCGGCAUAGCAGCUGGGCCGGCUGCACCAGCACCGGCUUCAGGAGCCUUGGAGACGGGCGAUUGGCGGGCCCAGCUUCAACCGGAUUCCAGGCAAAGGAUCGUUAACAAGAUAAUGGAAACUUUAAAGCGGCAUCUUCCAUUCUCCGGACAAGAGGGGCUGCAAGAACUUAAGAAAAUUGCUGUGAGGUUUGAGGAAAAAAUUUAUGCUGCAGCUACAAAUCAGUCAGAUUAUCUGCGGAAGAUAUCCUUAAAGAUGUUGUCAAUGGAGACAAAAUCAGCACAAAAUCCCAUGGCUAAUCCUCUGCAGGCUAAUAUUGCCAAUAGUAGUCAAAAUGCUCAAGAACGAGGUUGAGCACGCAAUCUCUGGAGACGCUCAAGUGUUUCCACUAUUGGCUGAAGACCCAUCGACGAACUCAAGAACUAAACAUAACACCGUCCCGCCACUUCAUGAAGAAAAUGUAGACUAGGAGAUCCAUGUUCACAUACAAUGCAGCCCCAAGUUAUUAACCAAGCUCAGCCACUUUCUGUUACAAUGGUGAGCAAUCAAUCACAAGCCCGUCAGCAACAACCAUCACAAAAUAUUCAGAACACUAUCACAUCAUCUGGAGUGCUUCCUAGUGCAGGCAGCUUGACUCAGACUAACAUUCCAAAUGCAGUAGGCCAAAAUUCGAAUUUGCAAAAUGUACAAGGCAUACCAGCUGUUGCUCAAAGUUCAGUUGGAAACACCAUGGGCCAUUCAAAUGUGGUUGCAAAUUCUAUCAGACAGAUGCAAGAGAGGCAACAACAGGUUGUUUCGCAGCAGCAACAACAAUCUCAGGCCCCUAAUACACAUCUUUACCAACAUCAACUACGCCAACAAAUGUUGAAACAGAAGUUCCAAUCUCAAGUACAGCAGCAACAUGAGCAACAACAGCCAAACCUACUACAACAAACUCAGAUGCAAUCUUCUCAGCAAGGAGUCAUGCAGCCUUCUACAGCACAAUCUAAUCUGUCCAACCUUCAGCAGAAUCAACAGUCUCCUGUUCAACAACAAAGUCAACCCAUGAUCCAGCAAAGAUCACAAUCAGUCCUCAGGCAACAUCAGCAACAACAGACACCCAUUAUUCAUCAACAGCAGGGAACUAUGAUGCAGCAGCCAAUGAUACAAAGUCAACAACAACAAUCUCAACAACAACAUCUGAUUGGGCAGCAGCAAAAUGUUGCAAAUAUCCAGCAGAACCAAUCAAUUGGCCAGCAAACCAUGUCUGACAUGCAGCACCAGCAAACUAGGCUGAUGGGCCUACAGAAUAACUAUACUAAUGUUCAACAGCAGCAGUUAGUUAAUCAGCAAGUUAAUGUUCCAAGUGUGCAUCAGCAGCAAAUAGGCACUCAAGGGAAUGUUUCUGGCCUGUCACAUCAGCAGCAGUUGGCUGGAAAUCAAUCUAGUAGUUCUGGCCUGACUGCUAAUCAGCAUCCUGUCCAGAUGUCACAACAUUCUAAUGUUCAAGUGCAACAACAAAUGCUUCCAAGUGCUACACUUUUGCCUGCUCAAGGUCUUCAAUCUCAGCCGCAGCAGCAAAUGCUGCCUCAGAAUCCAUCACAGCCUGGAACUUUACAGCCACCAUUGGGUUUGCAGCAGCAAUCAAAUGCUAUACAACGAGAAAUGCAGCAGAGGCUUCAAACUCCUAAUCCUAUGCUACAACAGAACAUGAUUGAUCAGCAGAAGCAAAACUUUCAACCACAAAGGGGUACUCCGGAACCAUCAUCCACGUCUUUAGAUUCAACAGCUCAAACUGGAAGCAUACAUUCUGGUGAUUGGCGGGAAGAGGCUUACCACAAGCUCAAGUGCUUGAAAGAGACGUAUUUUAUGGAUCUAAAUGAAUUGUUCCACAAGAUUUCUAGUAAAGUGGCUCAGCAUGAUUCUCUUCCCCAACAACCCAAAAAUGACCAAAUGGACAAGAUCAAACAAUUUAAGCACAUGAUCGAACAGCUUUUACAUACGUUGACGAUUAACAAGAAUGACAUUCAACCACAACACAAAGAUAAACUGGCUCAGAUCGAGAGGCAAAUAAUAUACUUUCUUAGCCCGAACCGGACUCGGAAACCUCAGCCUUCACAAAACUUUGAUGGCCAAAUUAAUCUUCAGUCUCAAUCUUUAAAUUUACCAAGCACAAUGGCUUCAAUGCAGCAGAACAAUUUGAACAACAUGCAACAGCAUAAUCCCCUGUCUUCUAUAACUGCAGUCUCAAACUCCCAGCAAAACAUGCCGUCUUCAAUGCACAAUGGAGCUAGCAUGGACAUGAUUGGGCAGGGUAGUUCAUUAAGUUCGCUGCAGCAGGUUUCUAGUGGUGCUUUACACCAAAAUUCUAUCAAUGGUCCUCAACAAAUGAACCUAAGCUCGUUUUCAUCACAUGGAGGAGCAAAUUCACUUCAGACAAACCACCAAGAAAACUCUAAUAUGCUACAGCAUCCUAGGCAACAUGAUCAGCAAAUGCUGCAGAACCAACAGCUCAGACAACAGAUUCAGCAGCGGCAGAUUCAGCAACAGAUUUUUCAGAAGCAACAACUACUGCAACAGCAGCAGCAGCAAAUAAAGCAAGCGCAAGUUCCACAAGCUGCACAGUCGAUGACUCAACUUCACCAAAUGGUUGAUACAACAAAUGAUCUAAAGAUGAGACAGCAUAUAGGUGGUAACAAAUCAGGUGUCUUCCAGCAGCAUCAGCCACUUGGCCCUCGCGUGGCUUUGCAUCACUCACAGCUUAAUUCAAGUAUAUCUUCUCCUCAAUUUCAUCAGACAUCAUCUCCUCAGCUUUCCCAGCACCCUUCACCUCAAUUUGAGCAGCAAAAUGCUUUGGCGUCUCAUACAAAAAUGGGAACACCUCUUCAAUCUGCUAGUUCACCUUUUGCUCUAUCUCCUUCUACUCCCUUUGCUCCAUCCUCAAUGUCAGGGGACUUUGACAAAAUUAGCAUGGGCGCUCCAUCUCUUCUUGGCCCUGGGAAUAUAGGGAUUCAGCAAACAACAUCUGCAUCGGCUCAGUCUCUAGCUAUCGAUACUCCGGGGAUAUCAACAUCACCAUUGCUUCCAGAAAAUAACAGUCUAGAUGGAACACAUGCAAAUCUCUCAACUUCUGUUUCUGGGAAAUCAACAGUUGAACAACCUAUAGGACGCUUGAUUAAUGCAGUAAGAACACUGUCAACUAAGGCAUUGAGUACCUCUGUUAGUGACAUCAGCUCUGUCAUCAGCAUGAUGGAUAGAAUAGCUGGAUCUGCGCCUGGAAAUGGCUCUAGAGCAGCUGUUGGUGAGGAUUUGGUUGCCAUGACGAAAUGUCGGUUGCAUGCAAGAAAUUUCUAUACACAUGAUGGACCUACUGGAGCAAAAAGAAUGAAAUGCUAUACUACCUCAAAUGUAGUGUCAUCUAGUGGGAGUGCUAGUGAUGGGUUUGCACUAUGGAAUUGCACUGAAACAUCUGAUUUGCAGUCUACAGCAACUUCCAGCAUUCAAAAACUCAAGGUUAACCAUGCACUCAUUGAAGAGAUAAGGGAGAUCAAUCAGCGACUGAUUGAUACUGUUGUGGAAAUCAGUGAUGAACCAAGUGUUCUGGCUUCUGCAACUGAUGGAGGUGAAGGUGGCACCAUGGUUAAGUGCUCUUUUAUGGCUGUGGCUCUCAGUCCAAAUUUAAAAUCUCAAUGUGCUUUGGCUCAAAUGUCGCCAAUUCAGUCAUUGAGAUUACUUGUUCCUGCAAACUAUCCAAAUUGCUCCCCAAUUUUCAUAGAUAGCUUUCCAGUUGAAGUCAGUAAAGAAUAUGAAAAUCUGUCGGGCACAAUUAGAUCAAGGCUUUCUACCACCCUUAGAAGUCUUUCACAACCGAUGUCAUUGGGAGACAUUGCAAGGGCUUGGGAUUGUUGCACUCGGGCAACUAUUUCCGAUAAUGUUCAGCAAUGCGGUGGGGGAAGUUUUAGCUCGAAGUAUGGGACAUGGGAAGACUGCAUGACCACAGCAGCCUAACCAUUACUCUUGCAAUAAGUUAUGUUGUAGUUUGGAACAUUGCUUUGUUAUCUAUGUGUUGUGUGGAACAUCUCUUUAAAAGAUGUACAGUGUACACCAUCCUUGUAAAAAACUGAGGAAAUGUAAUCAUUUGUUUUACUGCUGAUCUGUUUUCUUUCCUGUAGGCUAUUUAAUCUUUUAAGGAGGUUUGAAUGAAAUAUCUUUGAACGUACAAGAACUAAAGAAGCUCUAGUUAGUGCUUCUCCUAAAGGCAC